AAGGUAGAGCUAGCUGCUGCUAAAGUUAGCAACUGUUUUCAGUUAGGCGUUAAGCGGAAGCUGGUUACGUGAUGAAUUAACGUAACAUUUAACGCCAGCGAAGCUACUUUCUUUAAACGAUACAUUUAUUUACUACAUUCACAAAGUCAUAAGCAGGUACUGCAUGAGCAUUGUAUGUAUGCUUUUGUAAUUGGAAACUGUUUUUCGUGACACUCUUAUUUUGUUAGCAAAACAAGAAAGGAUGUGGCGUAUAGUGCUCUUGUAUUGAAGGCGGGAAGUGUGUUGUGUGUAGACGACGGGUGGUGAUGACUGCUAAGUGAAUGAAUGCUGAAUCCGUGGCGCUAGUCCUUUAUUACCAUCCAUCACAUUGAGUCCUAAAUUAUCAUCAAAUACCAUUUAUUGUAGUUACUUUCAGUUCAAAAUGUUGAGUCUGUGAACCCGAUGAAGACGUGUGUCAUGUUGGCUGUUUUGAAACUUUGAGGGUCAUUAGAAAGAGGUUGACUCCGAGAAGGAAAUGGAGACGGAAAGCCUGAAGUACUCUUCAGGCUUGGACAGCAGCCCAGACUUGACCAUGAAGCACCUGAGGAGGCGCCUGAACCAGCUGGGCUACAGACAGCACCUUGGGGUGGACUCUGUGCCACUGGUUUCUAAAGUGUUCAGCGAUCUGGUGCACACCACCGUUAGCCUGCGCAACGCUAAGCUGUCUGCAAGCAGGACGGACAGUGACCUCUGCGAUGGCCAACCGAAGACGCUCGACAGGACCCCGAGUCCUCAUGUGUCCAACGCACUGGACCGUGGAGACCACAUCAGUCCGGGUGUUGCUGUGAGACAUGAGAGCACACAGACUGAUGAAGACUUGCCUCCUCCUCCUCAUUCUACAUCAUGGCAGCCUGGUGACGGCGAGCAAGCGGCGCUGGCAGACAGGAGGGUCGUCCGGCCGCAGCAGGAAGUCAGCGACGUCACGUCAAGACGCCAAGUCGCUCAACUGGAAGAGCACACGGUUGCCGUGGAGAUGCAAAUGAAGGAGCUGCAGGAGAGCAAGCGGGCGCGAGAUCACGAGGCGAGGGUGCUGCUGGACAAAAUGGCCGCCCUGACGUCACAGAAGCAGAAAGUGCUUCGAGAGCUGUCGCGCAAGCACGCCAUCGUCGGCCGGCUGCGGCGGGUCAACCGGCACGUGAGGGACAUGGCAUGGAGGAAGUUGUCUGCUUCCAAAGAAGUUGUUCUGAGGCAACAGGAAGUCAUCAAAGACUUGGAGGAUAACCUCGCUGUAAUAAAAGACGAAGCGUCUGAGAAGGAGGGUCCUCUCAGGGAGCAGUUGGAGGAGGUGCAAGGACAGAAUGACAGACUUCAGGGAUUGGUGAAGUUGCUGGAGGAGGAGAAAAGCAGGCUGCAGGACAAAGUGGACGAGAUGAUGGCGACAGACAGGGACUUGGCGCUGGAGUUGGAGGCCAUGCGUGCCAAACAUGGCAUCUGUGGAAGUGUGGACACCGUGAUGAAGAGUGAGGAGGAGGAGAAGAAUAGAGAGUAUCAAGAGUAUCACCAGGAGGCAGAAUGUUCCAGAAGACUCAAAGAGAGUAUCACCUCCAGUUGCAUUCAGGGCAGGAAGGUAAAGUUUGUACUAGCGACCACUUUCCACACAAAGAGCAGCUGAUGGGUGUAAACAUGAACGUGCAAAUGACAACAUCAAGCAUAUUUGUAGCACUGUUUGUACUUUAUGGAUGCAGGAACAUGACCAUACAGUCUAACUUUGCUGUGUUCUCAGCAGUGGCAUCCAGUGGUGAAAGAUACACAGCACACAUCACAUUAUUAGGAACCUCCACCUCUUAGGCCUCCAACUGGCUUGUUAACACCUGCCACAGUCAAAGCAAAGAUGGCGGCGAAGGAAGCUACACCACAUUUACAAUCUUGAUUUAAAAAAAAAAAAGGAAAGCAUGUCCAAAUUGUCAUCAGGAAUUAAUGUCUUAAAAACGUGUAAAAAGUGCUUGUACUAUUGACUUACUACUACAACAGCACACAUGUGUUGCAAGGCUUCAGUCAUCCUAACAAGUACAGAAGCAUACAGUAGUUUGCCUUCUGUAAUUACCUUUAGCGGGUAUUAGGAACUGUAGCGGGUAUUACCUGCAUCAGGUAUUUAUGAACUGUAGCAGGUGUUAUUACCAUAGCAGGUAUUACCUGUAGCAGGUGUUAUGACCCAAUGAAGGAGAUGUCUUUCCGUCCAUGAGUUUGUGAUAGAGGGUCUUGAGCAGUUCAGUGUGUAAAGAGUCUUGAGAUAACUUUUCAAUUGCUACAGAAAAAAAAAAAUUAAAUGGACUUGGUGGACAAUUUAGUUUUGCAUCCCCUGGCGCCGUCUUGCGGACAAUGUUGGUACUGCAUCGACCGGAGCUGGUUAUGUGGAUCGGACUUGGGUUAGGAACAUGCUCCAAACUUUCUCCCGACACAUAUCAACUCAGAAUGGGACAAGGAACCCACUCCUACAGUUUGUCUCACCUGGGACACGUUGCGGUCACAGGUGGUAUUGCUCCAAGAAUUGCUCCGGGGCCCAAUACCGGUCCGUGGGCGGGGCUGAACUAGGAGAGGAAACCUUUCAGGCGCAUUGACAAAAAUAAUACACACACACAAAAAAAUACUUUUGUAAAUAACUAAAUACAAUUUUAAAUAAAGGCAUAUCAA